CCUCUACUCUUUCCUUCUCUCAUUUUUCCCUCACCCUCCAAAACUCAUGUAUCUCCAUCUCCCUCUUUGUCUGCGGCUCCUUCCUCCAUUUCAGAACCAACUGUGACUCUCUUCCUCCACUUAAGACCCGUCGUGUUUCUCCCCCACAACCAGCAGUAGCAGGCUGCGGUUCUCCCCUCCACGAGCAGCAACAACGGGCUGCGUUUCCUCCCCAACAACCACCUACAAUCUUACCUUAAGUUGAAAGGUCCUUCAAUGGUGAUUGAGGGUUUGCAGGACAAAUCGUAGAUGUUUCUGAUGUUCAUCUCGGUCCUUCGAAUAGACCAAUAUGUCAUCAAUAAAGAUAACGACGAAUUUAUCCAGUGUUUUCAACAACCUUCUUCUUCUGUUGAAUGCGGCUACUAUGCGCUGAAGUAUAUGGACGAUAUUAUAAAAUCCGUGAAGGAGUUUGGAGUCGAAAAUAUAGAUGCCGUUUUAAACGACAUUCCGAGGGAAACACGCCCUUUGAGAAGUGGAGAGAUGCGCGAAUUAAAUGACAAGAUUGCCACGUAUCUUGCUAAUAUUUGUGAUCACUCCAACUUUAGAGUUCGUGAAGUAAAAAUGGCAUGGGCUAUUACUGAAUCAAAAUAG